AUGGUUGUCGAGAACUACAAAUUUCUCACGUUUGAUGCUCAAGAGGGGAAGAAGAAGAAAAUGGUGAGGGGAGAAAAACGAGACAAAACUGAUGAAAUGAGGAGAAAGUUUUCAGCUUUCUCUUCCCGUUUAAAAGAAGCGACAUCCAGCAUUUGCUUCGCCGCACCAAGAUGUACCGAUCUACCAGAGUUGUUGCAUGUUCAAAUGUUAUUUACUUCCAAGUAUGGGAAGGAAUUUGUAUCGGCCGCAACUGAGCUCCAGCCAGACUGUGGUGUUAAUCGUCAGUUGAUAGAAUUGUUAUCUGUACGCGCUCCUUCACCUGAAAUAAAAUUGAAGUUUCUGAAAGAAAUUGCUGAAGAGCAUGAGUUGGAGUGGGAUCCAGCUUCCACUGAGACACAGUUUUUCAAACCACAUGAAGAUUUAUUGGCAAUUGCCUUUAUGUUUGUCAGCGGGUCUAAGUUGCCCCUGCCUGCAGAGAAACACGAUGAAACAAUUCUGCUGCUGAUCAUGCCCAAAUUGAGCAUCCUGAUUCUGAUGCGGACUUUGACCCAAUAGAUUUACCUCAAAUCCCUAAGGUGUCAUUGCAGCCGAGUGGAAUUG